CGAGCGGCCGCCUCUCUCACUAUCUCUCUCGUUUCCUUCGCCGUAAAAAAAGUGACGACCCUCUUCUCUCUCUUUCUCGAUUCUUCGCCUCUCUCUCUCUCUCUCUCUCUUUCUCAGUCCUUCUCUUCCCAUCUGGAAGAACAAAGUGAAAGCAAAAACAAAUGAAAGAACAAAUCGUCUUCUUCCUCUCACUCUCCCUCGUCUUACCCAAAAAAAGAGCCGAAGCGAGGCUUCUCCUCUGGCAGACCAAAUAGAAACCCUAAACGCAAGAUUUCUUCUCUAACUGGCGACUCUCUCUCUCUCUCCCCCUCUCGGUUGGCCAAGGAGGUGGCUCGGAUCUAACUAAUCCGACUGGGAAUGCCACAUAUCGGGAAAGAUUGGGAAAUGCAUGUUUAUUUCGAAGUUUGAUUUUGUUCUUAUUUAUUUAUGUUAUGAUUCUAAUUUGGGCCUUCGUUUUGGUUUUUGGUUUUUGGUUUUUCGUUUUUCGUUUUCGGUGGGGAGGAAGAGUAAACGAUAGAAGAUGGAGAACGACUCCCCUUUUGAUUCAGGCAAGAAAACGACUCUAACCUCCCUAAAUCAAUCGAAAAUCGACGAUCUAAGGGGGGAAGAAGCCGGGUGGAGACCGCCAGACCGAGGGACGAUUAACGGUAGGCUCGGAUUUGGUUUUUUUUAUUUAUUUUGGUUUAUUGGUCUAUUUUAUUUGGGAUCUGAUUUUGUUAUUUGGUAUUUUUGCCGAGGUGGGAAAAGUACUCGUAGAUCAGGAAGGAAAAAGGCCACCGACAGUCACUAGGUUUUAUGAGCAGACAGAUCUAGGUGAGGUUUCUCUGAACCCGAGAGAUUAAUCUAAAAAUGAAUCUUAUGGUUUAUAGAUUCUGGAGUAGCUACCAGAUGCGUUUUUUUGGAAAAAUCGUUAUUCUUUGUUUUAGGCUCUUAUUAUAUUUCUUAUUAAUUUCAUAAGAACAAAGUAGUUUUAGACAAAAUCCGUAUCAUUAAUGAUUGCGGCCACUGCUUGCAAUCACUAAACUAAACUAAAGGUUCCACAAAUCUUAUUACUACUAGUUUGAUUGGGAUUUUUAUUAUGUAUUAAUUUGAAAGCUUAUGAGCUUGUUUCGAAUUCUAGGCUAGAAAAACUCUUCAUAUGUGUGUUUGAUAAUACGUGAGGGUUUGUUUGGUUAAGUUCCGAUGUUUGGUUAUGUUUUUCAUAUUUGUGUUUGGAAGAUAGAUGUUUUAAUUAUAGUUAUCUGAAAUACUGAAUUGGUUGUAUGUAUGUUGGAUUUUUCGGCUACUACUACUCUAAUUCACAUAAGAAAUAGUGGUGUUUCUAUGAAAAUAAAGGAAUUUAAACAUGGUGAAGACUAAACUAGCUAGGCAAAAUAUAUAGCUUUGUAAGGAUGGUCAGCUAUUGAAUACCAUAAGUAGAAAUCAAACUAUAUGAAGAUGGCAUGAGGAGAUCAUAUAAAUGGAAAUAGACUAUGGAAGCAGAUAGGUAGUUCAUUGGACAAAUUAAAAGGAGCUUGUCAAGAUAGAUUAAGAGUAGAAUCAAUCUAUAGAUGUAUUAACCAGAAUAUAGUAACAAAGUAAUACAAAUCACCAACCUCAGAUUCGAAGAGCACACUCCCCUCGCUUCUGUAUUGGAUACUUUGUAUUGAAAGAUUGAUCACUCUUGUUGAUUUGAGUUCUUUGGAUCUCUAAUUCAUUUUUCUUCUACUAUUACAAGCUUUGAACUUGAAUUUUUUGUAAAAAAGGCCAACAGCAAAAAUGUUUCUCUGUAGCUCUCCCUCUUUCCCCUCGAACAAGAGCUAGAAAGCUCCACUUAUUGCAAAAAUGAGUGCCACGUGUCACCGUCUAAUUCGAGAGUUUUUAAGCUAACUUUGAAAGAGCGCCCCUAUAGCUGUAGGUCGGUUAUGGAUAAGACUCGGCCAGGCCGAACGGGGUCUUUGGGUUGGUAGCUGGGCCGAACUAGGCCUAGAGUUGGGCUUCAGUGUGGACCUGCGUUGGGCCGAGUCUGUGUUUGAUCCUUGGCUUGUUCAUGUCUGGGCUGAAUUUGUGGACCUGGCAUCUGAGCUUUAAACUGACUUUUUUCCUUCUGUUACAGGUCCUUGGCUUAUCAAAGGGUGGUCUCCAAAUCAAGUGUUAAUUUUUAACCUUGUUUCCAACUAUGUAAUAUUAAUUAGACCAUUUGCUUCCAUUAUCACAUGUAAUCUUCAUUUAAUAAUAAAGCUUUGCUGACUCAAUCC